GCUGUUUGCUGUUGAAUUGCUUUAACUCCACUUCUGUUUCGGGUGUUGUGCGUCUAUUCAAAUGAAGCUCCUCCUCCUCCAGUUCAGCUGUAAACACUGUGAUAUUCCCAUCAGGCUCCAGUGAAGAGUUUAUUGAAGGACAGCGAGAACAUGAGUGAUCCAGAACCCUGCAGAAUUAAACAUGAAGACACUGAACAACAAAUAGACCUAAUUGAAGAGAAUGAGGCGACUAAAGAGGAGGAACACCAUGUCAAAAUUGAGGACAAAACUCAAUUACAAGCUGAUGGUAUUUUGAAAAGGAGAGACAAGAAUUGUUUCACCUGCACUCAGUGUGGGAAGAGUUUCAGACAAUCAUCAUCCCUUAAUAGACACGCGAAGAUCCACACUGGAGAGAAUCUAUUCACUUGCACCCAGUGUGAGAAGAGUUUCAGCCAAUCAUCAGCCCUUACUCUACACAUGAGGAGCCACACUGGAGAGAAACCAUACACAUGUGCUCAAUGUGGGAAGAGUUUCAGCCAAUUAUCAGCCCUUAAUAAACACAAUAAAAUCCACACUGGAGAGAAACCAUUCACUUGCACCCAGUGUGGAAAGAGCUUUAGCCAAUCAUCGUCACUUAAUGUACACAUGAGGAUCCACUCUGGAGAGAAACCAUUCACAUGCACUCUGUGUGGGACGAGUUUCAACCAAAUAUCAGCCCUUAAUAAACACAAAAAAAUCCACACUGGAGAGAAACCACACGCAUGCACUCAGUGCGGGAAGAGAUUCAGCCAAUCAUCAAACCUUAAUCAGCACAUGAGGAUCCACACUGGAGAGAAACCGUUCACAUGCACUCAGUGUGGGAAGAGUUUCAGCCACUCGUCAUCCCUUAAACUACACAUGAUGAUCCACACUGGAGAGAAAUCAUUUACAUGCACCCAGUGCGGGAUGAGUUUCAGCCAAUCACCAUCCCUUUAUAGACACCUAAAGACCCACACUGGAGAGAAACCAUUCAUAUGCACUCAGUGUGGAAAGAGUUUCAGCCAGUCAGCACACCUUAAUCUACACAUGAAGAUCCACACUGGAGAGAAGCCAUUCACAUGCACUCAGUGUGGGAAGAGUUUCAACCAAUCAUCAGACCUUAAUAAACACAUGAUUAUUCACACUGGAGAGAAACCAUUAAUAUGUACACAGUGUGGGAAGAGUUUCAGCUGCUCAUCAAACCUUAAUAAACACAUGAGGAUCCACACUGGAGAGAAACCGUACACAUGCUCUCAGUGUGGGAAGAGUUUCAGCCAAUCAUCAACCCUUAAUCAACACAUGAAGAGCCACACUGGUGUGGGAGUCUAUGCGUCUUGAGUGUGAGAAGAGAUUUAUUACAGCUGGAGGAUUGAAACGACACCAGAGGAUUCACACUGGAGAGAAACCUUGCAAGUUUUCACAAUGUGACAAGGUUUAUUCGGUUAGUACAUAUGAAAACAAAUUAAAUUAUUUACACUGGGGAGAAACCAUACAAGUGUUCACACUGACAUUUUGUCUAACAGAAACCCUGAAACGCAUGAGAGGAUUCUCACUGUAAGGAAACCGCAGACAUGAUCAAAAUCUACACAGUUUCACUCGUUCAGUGCAGCUUAAGAAACA